AUGCCGGCUCAAAAACAGGUCGCAGAGGUGCCUAGGAGCAUCCUGCCUCGUCUCUCAUGGAACAGCUCAUCGUCCCGACCGACCGUUUCCUAUCACCACCCCGCGCUUGCGACCAGGCGCCAGCAACAUCUUCAGGGCCGGAGCCCCCUUAACCAACAAACUCACUCCAUAACCUCAUUCCAGGCUUCAAGAGCCUAUUCCACAUCUAUCCGAGACUCUCACUUUGCUUCUACCGUUAUACGGCCAUACUCCGCUCCAGUUGCGACACGCCCGCCACCCGAAUCCCUCGGUAGCCCUGUUCGUCAUAAUGGAGUCUACGUCGCAGCUUUCAAGCCUGCCCAGCGUGCCUUCCAUGCGACACCCAUUCGCGCCCGGGAUCAUCAUUUCGAUACCUUGAAGUUUGUGAAGCGGCUGCAGGCCGAGGGGUUCAGCGAGGAGCAGGCCGUGGCCAUGAUGCGUGUAUUGAACGAUAUCAUCCAAGAGUCCAUUCAAAAUCUGACAAGGACUAUGGUGCUUCGAGAAGAUUCGGAAAGAUCGACCUACACUCAAAAGGUCGACUUCGCCAAACUGCGCUCUGAACUGGUGAACGCCGACUCAACGGAGGCCCAGCUUACUCGCUCAUCUCACGAGAAAAUCUCCGCCGAUCUGGCCAAGCUGAAUUCGCGCCUGCGGGAUGAAAUUGGUCGAACACAAGCCUCGGUCCGUCUAGACCUGAAUCUCGAGAAGGGCCGGAUUCGCGAAGAGGCGAACGGUCAGGAGAUGCGGAUCAAGGAGACCGAAACACGAAUUGAGCAGGAAGUGGCGGGUCUAAGGGAACGAGUUGAGGCUGUCAAAUUCUCCACUCUGCAGUGGCUUAUGGGUGUCUGCACUGGUACCGCUGCUCUGAUUCUUGGUGCUUGGCGUCUAUUUAUGUAA